UUGGUCAAAUUCUGCUGCCUGACUGAGCAUCUCCUACUUGUACCUGCCUUUCCCCCCCUUAUUAUAUCUCACCUUCUCAUAUCUCAUCUCAAGCCCAAAACAUGCCUCUCUUUUUCAUGACGCCUCUUCCACUUCCACUCCAUGAGCCAAACACAGUAUAUCGGCCAGCGAAUCUCUUAUGAUGGCGCGGCUUGCACAGUCCGCUACAUUGGCGGGGUUGAGGGCACGACAGGCACCUGGUUAGGCGUCGAGUGGGAUGAUGCCGCACGGGGGAAGCACGAUGGCUCUCACAAGGGCACUCGCUAUUUUACUUGCCUAUCAAAAUCCCCCACGGCGGCCUCCUUCGUCCGCCCAACCCGCCCAGCAGACCCUCCCCAGAGCUUCCUCUCGGCCCUGCACGAGCGCUACGUGGCCGACGCCCCGGGCCAGGUGCAGGGCCGGUCCAAGACGGAGAUUGUCGUCGGGGGCAAGGUCGCGCAGGAGAUGGGCUUCGACAAGAUCUGGCGGCGGCAGUCCCGGCUGCGGGAGACCAAGAUUGUCAUCCUCGACGGGCUGAGGGUCGCCACGGCGCGGGACGCCGGCGACGUCAACGACGACGGCGAGCCCAAGACGAUCGGGGAGACGGCGCCCAAGAUUGUCGAGCUGGACCUGAGUCGGAAUCUUUUUGAGAGGCUGGGGCCGGUGGUGGAGAUUUGUCGCGAUUUGAAGGAUUUGCAAAAGCUUGCCAUCAACGGGAAUAGGUUUCAAAAUGUUCUCACCGAUGAGGCACUACAGGGCGCAGAGUCCGUCCUUGGGGGUGUGACGGAGCUGCAGCUGGGAGAGACGCUGCUGAGCUGGCAGGAGUUGUGCCUCAUAGCCAGCAAAUGCCCUUCUUUGACCACCCUCCUCGUAGGGUCCAACCAGCUGUCGACUUUGCCACCUACAGGCGAACUCAGUCUACCAUUGACUCUGACAUCCAUCAAUCUGGAGUACAACGACUUCACGAGCCUGUCAGACAUUGCCUGCCUGACGUCGCUCAAGGCCCUUCGCCAUCUGCAACUCAAGGGAAACAACAUAUCAGCAAUCACCGCCUCCUCCGACUCUCCCCCGGUCGUCUUCCCUCCUUCCGUGCAAUACGUCGAUCUCUCUUACAACAAGAUUGACAGCUGGGCCUUUGUCGACAAGCUGACGGCGGCCUUCCCCGGCAUGACCGGGCUCCGCAUCACGCACAACCCAAUCUACUACUCCAUAGACGCCGACUCCAACGCGCAGUCGUCGGACGAAUCCUUCAUGUUCACCGUCGCCCGCAUCGCGCCGCUCAAGACGCUCAACUUUACGCACAUCUCCGCCACGGACCGCACCAAUGCCGAAAUGUUCUACCUCUCGCGCAUCGCGAAGCAGCUCGCCACCGUGCCCGAGGCGGCGGAAGAUUCCGUCAAGGCCCUGCACCCGCGGUACGAUGAGCUGUGUGCGGCGUAUGGUGAGCCGGACGUCAUCCGCCGCGAGGAGGUGAACCCCAAUUUCCUCGAGGCUCGCCUCGUCACCGUCGAGUUCCAUUACGAGGCGGCGGCGGCGGCGGCGGCGGCCCUAGAAGGUUCGAAGAAGAAGAAGAAGACGACGAGGACCGUCAGGAUCCCCAAGGCCUUUGACAUUUACGCCGUCAAGGGUAUAGUGGGCAAGAUGUACGGCUUGGCGCCCCUCAAGCUACGUCUGAUCUGGGAGACGGGCGAGUGGGAUCCCGUGGCCGGGUAUGAUGAAAAGGACGGCGAUGACGACGGCAGCGAUGAUGACGAAGAUGAAGAGAUGGCGGAAGCGGACGGAGACGGCCAGGAGGCGGCAGCAGGAGGGGGUGAAGCCGAUGACCAGGCAGGGCGGUGGGUGAAGAGGGAGGUUGAGCUGACGGAUGGGCCGAAGCAGCUGGGGUACUGCGUCGAUGGGUUGAGGGUGAGGAUCAGAGUCGAGGCAUCACGCAACUAGCUAGAACACGUGCUUCUCCUUAGAAAUAGAAGAGUUGAUGAUGAAUGAACACUAAUUUGUGCAUGUUUUCCCUCCAAUGGU